AUGGUUCCCAAACUAUUCAGGCCGCCCACCGCCGACCAGGCCGUGACCGAGUCCAAGGUAAAGACCGAGUUCACGCACCCCGCCACGAUUUCCGGGCCGAACCUCCCCACCUCCCCACGCCUCCACGCCUCCGCCCCUGGCCGUCGGGAGUGCUUUGUAGGCAGCGACGGGCCGACCACUAAUGCUUCGGCGGGUGUGUCUGUGCAUGCCCCCAGGCCGCCGCGCCGCGCCUACUCCACCAUGACCGGCGGCAGUGGCAGGGAGCGAGAGGCCGCCCCCAGCAUGGCGGCCUUCAAGGUGUGGGUUCUGCUUCUCAUGUGGGCCACGGACACGCCCUUCCUUCGCCACGAGAUGACGGCAGCAGCGCCACCCCCCGAAGGACAUGACCAGGGGCGAGGCUUCGGGGGCGCUGCUGCUUCUGACGAGGCUCGGCUGUGGCUCCGGCAGCAGAUGGCGAUAUAUCGCGGCCAGGCACACCCCACCCUCGGAGUGGCGUGGGGUGGCGCGCGGCGAUCCACCACCCAACACUUCCAAGGCGAGAAGCAACUCAGCACGGAGGCCACGACCAGACCGACUACAAACACACAGACACACACAGACACGCAGACGUCGCCACCGCCGCUACCCCAAACCACAAGACCGUCCUUACUUCAUCAUAUCCCUGGUAUUGUGACGCCAGGCCCAGGAACACCCCAAACACCACGCACGAGGGUUCAGGCCAACACGCAGCAGCCGUCUCGGUCAACAAACCCCACGACAACGGCUGCUCCUGAUGCCAUACCCGCGCCCCCGUCUGUCCCCUUGGCAAGUGUGAGGGAAGGCCAGAACACGAUGCACGUUUUUGGAUAUGAGGAGGACAAAACCACGCUCAUAUCACCUCUUGUAACCUUAUACCCUCAAGAUAAAGGGGUUAGCUACGCCUCAACAGCUAACUCGUUCAGGCUCAAGGAUAAUAAGACCCCGAACACGAUGCACGUUCAUGGUUCUGCGGAAGACAAAGCCACGCUCAUAUCAACCUCGGCAGCUAUGAACCCCCAAGAUGAAGGGGUUAGCGACGCCUCAACAGCUAACUCUAUCUGGUUCAUGGAGAGUAAGCCCCCGAACACCCUACACGGUUAUCCCUUUGAGGAAGAUGAAGCGACGAUAUCCACGACACUUCAACCCACUUUCCUGGACUCUCAAGUUGGAUGGCUAGGCAGCAAAUCACACAUUAUCUCUUACACGGAUCGAGGAAGUCAGUUACAGUCACCCCUCGCUCACAGCCAAGUCCAAAGUUCAGUACCGGGAUGGAACGGCCAACUCUCACGCAUCGACCCUCAAAAGACAGAACCAAAGACGGUGUACCAGGGUGAAGGACUUAGCCACGAAUCACAGUCUAGCUCGUACAGGCUCAAGGGAAGUCAGUCUCAGUCUCCAGUUCAAUUUCCUAUAAGAUGGGACGAGAGGCUGGUCAACAAGGCCCCUCAGAUAACGGAGCCAAAGACAGUGUAUGAGGAUGAAGAACUUAGCAACGUAUCACAAGCUAACUUUCACAGGCCCAAGGGAAAUCAGUCUCCAGUCCUUCACACCCAAGGCCAGUUUCCUUUAAGAUGGGACGAGAGGCUGUUCGGUAAAGUCCCUCAGAACACGGACACACAGACAGUCACAGAUGCAUUACAGACUAACUUCCACAGGCUCAAGGAAAGUCAGUCUCAGCGUCAAGUCCUUCCUAAACAAGAUCAGAUUCCUUUAAGAUGGGACGAGAGGCUGUUCGGUAAGGUCUCUCAGAACACGGAUACACAGACAGUCACAGACGCAUCACAUACUAACUUCCACAGGCUCAAGGAAAGUCAAUCUCAGCCUCAAGUCCUUCACACACAAGUCCAGUUUCCAAUAACACGUUUCACCGAGCAACUCCUCCAGAAACUUCAACAGAAUAUGGAACCAGAAACAGUUAAUCAAAGAGAACUUAUCAACGCAUCACAGGCUAGCUCUCACAGGCUCAGGGGAAGUCAGUCUCAGCCUCAAGCCCUUCACACAAGAGUUCAGUUUCCACUCCUCCAGAAACCUCCACAGAAUAUGGAACAAGAAACAGUUAAUCAAAGAGAACUUACCGACGCAUCACAGGCUAGCUCUCACAGGCUCAAGGGAAGUCAGUCUCAGCCUCAAGCCCUUCACACACGAGUUCAGUUUCCACUCCUCCAGAAACCUCAACAGAAUAUGGAACAAGAAACAGUUAAUCAAAGAGAACUUACCGACGCAUCACAGGCUAGCUCUAACAGGCUCAAGGGAAGUCAGUCUCAGCCUCAAGCCCUUCACACACGAGUUCAAUUUCCACUCCUCCAGAAACCUCAACAGAAUAUGGAACAAGAAACAGUUAAUCAAAGAGAACUUAUCAACACAUCACAGGCUAGCUCUAACAGGCUCAGGGGAAGUCAGUCUCAGCCUCAAGCCCUUCACAUACGAGUCCAGUUUCCACUCCUCCAGAAACCUCAACAGAAUAUGGAACCAGAAACAGUUAAUCAAAGAGAACUUACCAGCGCAUCGCAGGGUAACUCCAACGGGCUCAACGUAAGUCAGUCUCAGCCUCAAGUCCCACAUACACAAGUCCAGUUUCCAGUAUCACGAUUAACCGAGCAACUCCUCCACAAGCUUCAACAGAUAGCGGAGACAGAGGCAACCCGUCAACAGAAUCUAAGCGACCACAUAAGAACUAAACUAAGCGGGUUGGGUCCUUUUCUUCCCUGGUACAACUCGGCGAUGCAUGGAACUAUCAAUACGUCUUCUUUGCCUCCAUCACCGGCUAUGCAAAACCUGAGAAUCCCACCGAGAGAGUCUUCAGCGCCCUCUGUGAAUCGCCACGAGCCUUCCGCCUCCCCUUUGCAUCCAACUUCGAAGACCUCACCGCUACAUCGAACUAUCAAUACGUCUUUUUUGGCCCCUAUACCGGCAAUGCAAGGCCUGAGAAACCCACCGAAGGAGUCUGCAAUGCCCUCUGUGAAUCGCCACGAGCCUUCCACCUCCCCCCUGCGUCCCAUUUCCAGCACUACACCGCCACAUCGAACUCCCAACGUAGUGUCUUCAGUUCCACCAAAGCCAGUACUACAAGGCCUCAGGAACAUACUAGGGGGGUCUUCAAUGCCCUCUGUGUAUCGCCAUGGGUCUUCCUCCUCCCACUUCCGUCCAACUUCGAGCACUACACCGCCACUUCGAACUCCCAACACAGUGUCUUCAGUCCUACCAACGCCGGGAAUCCAAGGGCUCAGGAACGAACCAAGGGAGUCUUUACCGUCAUUUGUCAAUCACCAUUGGUCUUCUUCCUCCCCCCUACGCCUCAUCGUUGGUCCCGACACACGCAGACCGAUGCCGGGACACCUACAGACCUCCCGCACGAAGGUCCCUCCGCAGCAUAGCACAAGAGGGCCCGUCGCUGCAUCGAAAGGUAAGGUUGUGAGACGGAUACACAGACCGACAAACAGGCAGACAGACAGACAAACAGAUAGAUAGAUAGACAGACAAACAGACAGACACAAAGACAGUAUAGAUAAUAGAUUGACAGAGACAUACCUAUAGAUAGAGACAAACAUAAACAGACAGACAGACAAACAAAUAGAUAGACAGACAGACAGACAGACAGACAGACAGAAACAAAGACAGCAGUGUAGAUAAAAGAUUGACAGACAGACCUAUAAAUAGAGACAGACACAGACAAACAAAGACAAAUGUAUAU